CCUUGCGCGAUUACUUCGGUCCAUUUGUUGAACUUCGACAUUGAAAUCGAAGCUCAACUUAGUCAUUCGUGCCGCUAUAUUGGAGUCCAAGAAGUAUGGAAGCUCCCCUUGUCAUCCGUGUGCUUGCUGCUUCUGUAUGUCUAGCAGAGAAGGCCAGUUCUCUAAUUCGUACAGUGUAUGCCUCCAAGGACCUUGCAAUUAUCGAUAAAGGAGUCAAUGAUUUUCAGUCUAGAGCUGAUAGGGAUUCCCAAAGGUGCAUCGUUCAAUCUCUAAAUAACACCUUCCCAGGCCUUCAUAUUAUUGGUGAAGAAGGAGAAUUAGACGCUGGGAAUGUCCCUCAGUCUAGCGAACUAAGUCCAGAAGUUCUUCAGCACAAAUGCCCUCCAUGGCUGAGUACCCUAUCAACAGAUGAUCUAGUAGUUUGGGUAGACCCACUGGAUGGUACAAAAGAAUUUACCGAGGGUCUUGUGGAGUACGUUACAGUCCUUAUUGGCAUUGCAGCAGGAGGUAAACCUGUAGGUGGUGUAGUAGCUCAGCCUUUCUACCAGCCCACUUCAGUUGAAAACACGAAAAAGCCACACUACAUAACUCGUGUUGUUUGGGGACUUUCUGAUGUUGGUGUAUUUGGAGUAAAACCCUCAUUGCCUUCUUCACAAUUGCCUUAUCCGAUCGAUUUAAAUGCUCCAAAACUAUCUUUGCCGCAUUCCAUUGUGAUUACCCGAUCUCAUCGAUCUCCUACUCAUGAUAUUGUAAUCAAGGCAUUCUACCCCACCGAGAGCAUUUGUGCUGGAGGAUGCGGUUACAAAGUCCUUAUGUUACUUGAAGGCCGUGGUCACGUUUACGUCUUCCCUAGCCAAGGAACUAAAAAGUGGGAUACGUGCGCUCCAGAAGCUGUCCUCCUGGCAUCUGGCGGCAAGCUGACAGAUUUACUUGGACAACCGUACAAUUAUAGCUUGAAUACUGAACAUGAAAAUGUCAGAGGCAUACUUGCUACUCCCGUCGCUGAUUGGCUUCCAGCUUAUAUCUCGUGCUUACCAAAAGAAGUAGUUGAUGACUUCUCAUCUCGGAAUUAAUUACCGUUGCAGAUUAUUUUGUGUUCCAGAAAAUUAAUUGAUACAGUUGUAUGAAUGCGCAGGACUUACUGUUUAUUAUUAUUUUGUAGUCAGUAAUUUUGCUUAAAAAUAACAUUCUAUAUACAGUACAAUGCUACUCGAAGAAAGUCUUUAUUCAUAAAUUAUAAACUGAUCUAAAAAACCUACUUCUUUGUGUUUUAUAAAAUUUAUAUCUGGCUUGGGUUUCAGUUUACAAUUAACGCUUUAAAUUGUUGAUUUGGAUUCCUGGAUAAACCACCUCAGAAGCUUGGAGUCGGUUGCUACUGCUGCACUCUUAU